GCCAGGAAACGUUACUGUAACUUUCACAUUAAGUGUACACACAAGUCUUGCAACAACUAAACUGACUUCCCUCUACAUUUUCCUCCUAGGAAAUGGUACCCCAAAGAUAAUGCUGACAUUUCUGCUCUUUUAUCAGAAGUAACAAUGGAGUGGCUUUGCACUACAGAUGGUUCAGACACAUUUUGGAGCUGGAAUUUGACGUGGCACACAAAUGAACCAGAUCUCACAGCAUGCUUCCAGAACACUGUUCUGGUAUGGAUUCCUUGCAUAUACCUUUGGCUUUGCUUCCCUUUCUACUACCUCUAUUUGCGACAUCAUGACAACGGCUAUAUCAGGAUGUCUCACCUCAAUAAAUCUAAAAUGGUGUUAGGACUACUGCUGGUGUUGCUGUGUUUCACAGACUUUUUUUACUCCAUCUGGAAGAUGAUUCACAGAGGUCCACAACCUCCAUUUUUUAUUGUUUCUUCAGCUCUACUGGCCGUUACUAUGAUUCUUGCCACAGGCCUGAUUCAGUGUGAAAGAAUUCAUGGUGUGCGCUCUUCAGGAAUCCUGUUCAUCUUCUGGCUGCUAGAGGUGUUGUGUGCUCUCGUACCAUUCCGGUCCAAAAUUCUUGCGGCAUUGAAGGAGGAUGCUGCUGUUGACACCUUUCACUACAUUAUCUUUUACACUUACUAUGCCUUACUCCUGACCAUGCUGGUAAUGGCCUGCUUUACAGACAAGCCUCCUUUCUUCUCCAACGCACAUGCUGAUGAAAAGAAUCCUUGCCCCGAACCCAAUGCUUCUUUUUUUUCUAAAGUGACAUUCUGGUGGUUCACAAGAAUAGCCAUUAAAGGUUAUAAAAGCCCACUAAAGGAUGAAGAUUUAUGGUCACUGAAGAAGGUGGACACCUCUGAGAAUAUCGUACCAAAGAUGAUGGAAGCGUGGGAGAAGGAAUGGGCUAGAGUUAAAACAAAAUCAUCACAGAUGAACUAUGUAAGAGACAAGACAAUGAAUGGACCUAAAGAUAUGACAAAUGAAAACAAAGAAGUUAAGGUGCUACUUACUGGAACAGAGAAGCAGAAGAUUCCAUCGCUCUUCAAGGUUCUUUGUAAAGUAUUUGGGCCUUACUACCUCCUGGGAUCACUGUUUAUUCUCAUAUUUAAUAUCUGCUUAUUUGCUAACCCUCAGAUUUUAGGACUGAUCGUGCGGUUUUUAAAAGAUCCUGAUGUCCCACCCUGGCAUGGCUUCCUGUAUGCAGCUACAUUAUUUAUCUCUGCACUUUUGCAGGCAUGCUUAUUUCAUUACCAUGACUACAUUUGCUAUGUUACAGGGAUGAGAAUAAAGACUGCAAUAAUGGGUAUGGCCUAUAGAAAAGCCCUGGCCAUUACAAAUUCAGUACGGAAGACCUACAGUGUUGGAGAAAUUGUGACUCUGAUAUCUGCCGAUUUACAGAAACUAAUGGAUUUCACUGUUUGUGCAAAUUAUCUCUGGUGUGGCCCAUUGAUUGUGGUCAUUGGAAUGUACUUCUUGUGGAAGAAUUUCGGCCCGUCAGUCCUUGCUGGUGUGGGAAGUUUCAUUUUCAUCAUUCCAUUCAUUAUUUGGACUGGAUUCCACCAAAAGAAGAUACAGAACAAACAAGUGAAGCAGAUGGAAAAAAGAAUAAAUAUUAUGAGUGAAAUCCUCAAUGGGAUUAAAGUACUUAAGCUGUAUGCCUGGGAAAACGCUUUUAUGGAAAAGGUGCUGGGCAUCCGAACAUAUGAACUAAAGGCUAUUAAGCAGUUUGGAGUGAUGUACUCUGUGUCGUUGACCCUCUUUCUUUUCUCUCCCUUCCUGAUAUCCCUUGCAAUCUUUGCUGUGUACGUGCUGUCAGAUGAAACAAAUGUCCUGGACGCUGAAAAAGCUUUUGUUUCCAUAUCGUUGCUCAAUGUUAUGAGAAUUCCUUUACGUUACCUUCCACAAUCAAUUUCUUCAGCAUCUCAGGCCUCUGUUGCUUUAAAGCGCUUGUCAAAAUUCUUAUCAGGAGAAGAACUUACGGCAGAAAGUGUUGAUAGGAUUGUGGCAUCAAGUUCUGACAACAUUAUUGUAGAAAAUGGAACAUUCUCUUGGUCAAGACUGGAUUCUCCAUGCCUAACCAGUAUUAAUAUCAAGAUCCGCAGAGGCUCUUUGGUAGCUGUGGUUGGUCAUGUUGGUUGUGGAAAGUCCUCCUUACUUUCUGCACUUCUUGGAGAGAUGGAGAAAGAAGAAGGUUAUGUGGCUGUUAAGGGGUCAAUAGCCUACGUCUCACAGCAAGCAUGGAUCCAGAAUGCUACAGUAAAAGAAAAUAUCAUAUUUGGACAAGAGCUGAAUAAGUCCUGGUAUAAUUCUGUGGUGGAAGCAUGUGCUCUCCUACCUGACUUUGAAAUUCUAGCAGCAGGAGACCAGACAGAAAUUGGAGAGAAGGGCAUCAACUUAUCUGGGGGGCAAAAGCAAAGAAUAAGCCUUGCUCGGGCCGUGUAUCGGCAGGCUGCUCUCUAUUUACUGGAUGACCCACUUUCUGCUGUGGACGCACAUGUUGGACAACACAUUUUUGAAAAAGUGUUUGGACCAAAUGGCCUACUGAAAGACAAAACUCGAGUUUUAGUUACCCACAGCAUAGGUUAUCUUUCUCAGAUGGACAAAGUUCUAGUAAUGUCGAAAGGACAGAUAACUGAGACAGGCUCCUAUCAAGAGCUUCUGAUGCAGGAUGGUGCAUUUGCUGAAUUUGUCCGCACGUAUGCUAAUGCAGAACAGAAGGAGGAUAGCGAUGAUAAAGAGAAGGAAAAAGAUAAGUCAAAUGAAGAAAUUGCAGAUCAGCCCCCAACCCAGGACCAGAAGGAAAAGCUAAAUACUGGGAAACUAACCGAAGCAGAUGUUGCACGUACUGGUAAGGUAAAAUUAUCUGUGUAUAAAGAUUUCCUGAAAAUGAUGGGCGUGUUCCUGUUUAUUGUAUCUGCAUUAUUUUACAUAAGCCAGCAAAGCGCUUCCUUUGGCUAUAACUACUGGCUUACUUUAUGGGUCGAAGAUCCUGUUGUAAAUGGGACACAGCAGAACUCUGACGUCCGAGUGACAGUAUAUGCUUUUCUGGGAAUAAUACAAGCUACUGGCUCAUUUUUUGCAGCACUCCUUACCACAAUAGGCUGCGUAAUUGUUUCACGUACUCUUCAUUUCAAGCUCCUUAUCAACGUCUUAAGGUGCCCUUUGAGCUUCUUUGAGAGAACUCCAACUGGGAACUUACUUAACCGCUUUGCAAAAGAACUGGAAACUAUUGACAACAUAAUCCCCAAGACCUUAGUGGUCUGCAUAACCACAUUUGUGGUUAUUUCAGAGAUUUUUGUCAUCAUUGCAGUAGCAUCGCCAAUGGCCAUUGCCGUCUUUAUACCCGUAUUCCUGUUGUACUUUUUUGUCCAAAGGUUUUAUGUGGCUACUUCACGCCAACUGAAGCGAAUUGAAUCUGUGAGUAAAUCUCCAGUGUAUACUCACUUCAAUGAAACUCUGCAAGGUGUCAACAUAAUUAGAGCUUUUGGGGAAACUGAGAGGUUUAUUCAAAGAUGUGACUUUGUUGUGAAUGAAAACCAAAGAUCCUUCUACCUCAGUUUUGUUGCUAACAGGUGGUUAAGUCAAAGAUUAGAUUUCCUUACGAGCUUCAUUUUGUUAUCGGCAGCAUUUUUUGCAGUGAUUGCCAAAAAUCACAUCAGUCCAGGUCUUGCUGCUUUAGCAAUUACUCAUGCCUUGCGGCUGACAGGUGCCUUAAAUGCAGCAGUGAAUAUGAUAACUGAAUUGGAGACGAACAUUGUUGCUGCAGAGAGAAUUAGAGAGUAUUGUGAAACAGAGAAUGAGGCUCCAUGGAAUACAGAAUAUGACUCAUUGUCAAGUACGUGGCCAUCGAAUGGAAGGGUAGAGUUUGAGAACUAUGGGCUACGAUAUAGGAAAGACAGAGAGCUGGCAUUAAAAAACAUUAACGUAACAAUAUUUGGUGGAGAAAAGAUUGGUAUAGUGGGAAGAACAGGAGCGGGUAAAUCUUCUCUUACGUUGGCACUGUUUCGAAUCAUUGAGGCUGCUGAAGGAAAGAUUUAUAUCGAUGGAAUUAAUAUUGCACAGUUAGGCCUUCAUGCACUCCGAUCUAAACUUACUAUAAUUCCUCAGGAUCCUGUAUUAUUUUCUGGAUCCUUGCGCAUGAACUUGGAUCCAUUUGAUAAGUACUCUGAUGGUCAAAUCUGGCAAGCCUUGAAAUUGGCUCAUUUGCAGAACUUUGUAUCCAGCCUUCCAGAAAAGCUGCACCACAAAUGCUCGGAAGGUGGAGAGAAUCUCAGCGUUGGCCAGCGGCAGUUGCUUUGUCUUGCAAGGGCACUCCUUCAGAAAGCCCGAAUCCUAGUCCUGGAUGAAGCAACGGCGGCAGUUGACCUAGAGACUGAUAACCUUAUCCAGUCAACGAUCAGGACACAGUUUGAUUUCUGCACAGUAAUAACAAUAGCACAUCGAAUCAACACCAUCAUGGAUUAUGAAAGAAUCAUCGUUCUUGACAAUGGACAAGUUGUAGAAUUUGACACUCCAGCAAAUCUUCAAAGAAGUGAAGGCAUGUUUUACAGUAUGGUUAAAGACUCUGGUCUUCUUUAGGCAGAUUCUAGAUGGCGCCUCUCCAUUUAGCUGCCUAGUGAAAUUAGAAAUGUGUGCUGCUUGGCUCUGUUGCCAUUAUGAAGUCCACCUCACUCCAGAAUGUCAGAUGCCUUUAGAUCCUAAAGCCUGCCUAUAAAAUUUAUGGGACUCAGGCACACCAGCUGAAAGCCACAUUGUACGUAAAAGUUCAUCUAGAGAGAUGGUGGAUUCUGCUCUUCAAGACAUGUAGACCUUGUGUCUCCGUGUGGCAUCAUGAAUAUUAUAUGAACACAUAAAUGAAUGUUACACUGUUAAAGUGUUUACACUGAUGCACUUAGAUGAUUCCAAAUUAUGUUUGGAAUAAAAAUAAUUAUUUUGACUGUGGUUUAGUUUAAAACUUUAAAUAUUAUAAAUGCUGUUUAGGAUAACAUUCCUUUUUGGGUUGUCUCUGAUGAACCCCAGUUGUUUUCAUUGUUUAAAAUAUAUAUUAAUAAAAUUAUUUUGUACCAGGUAA